AUGCAGGGGGAUGUGAACAUUGCUGCAGCCACAAGCAGACGUCAAACUGAACAUGACACUUCCUUUAGAAGCCGUCCAACUGACCCCCCGGCUGUUUCGACUAUUGUUAGCCACCCUACGAUUACACCAGUCGUCACAUCUACUACUCGUCCUACCGUUACACACACUGGGAGGUCUACUUAUACUCCGUUCAACCCACCUACUAACAACGCUACAGUCAACUCGAACAGCACCACAAACGAUGAUUCUACAACAAGUAUCUUAGCAAAGGUGUUUGCGGACUCAGUGAACCUUAAUAGACUACCUAUACCUGAGCCGUCAGUGUUCACAGGAGAUCCACUUAGAUUCGUAGAAUGGAAGACGGCCUUUCAUGCAUUGAUAGAACGUAAAGGCAUUCCUGAGCAAGAGAGACUAUUCUUUUUGAAGAGAUACGUGGCGGGUGAAGCACUACAGGCCAUAGAUGGAUUCUUCUACAGUGGAAGCAGCUCUGCAUAUGAAAACGCCAGACAAGUCCUGCAGGACAGAUACGGACACCCAUUUGUUAUAGAAGGGAAUUCAAAGGCUCUCAGAGAUUUUGGAGACUUCCUACUAGCCUGUCGAGAUGCAACGCCUCAGGUUCCAAGCCUUAAAAUUUUGGACGACUGCUCUGAAAAUCAGAAACUAUUAAGCAAACUUCCUAAUUGGGCUGCACUGCGUUGGAAUCGUCAAGUUCAAGAAACUAUUGACUCUACUGGUGAAUAUCUAUUAUUCUCCAAGUUUGUGGACUUCGUCUGUGAGAAAUUUAUUAACUUGUCUAUUGAGGAUAAACGAGUGGUAGUGCGUAAGAAAAACCUGUGCUUUGGAUGUCUACGCAAGGGCCACAGAAACAAGGACUGCAAGAAGAAGCAUACGUGUGGUAUCUGCAAGGGAAAACACCCAACCUGCAUGCAUGAAGAUGAAUCACCAACAGGAAAGCAACAGUUAGAGGUCAAGGAACCCAGUUCCUUUCGUGUGAGCAGAGGAUAUGGUCACAGCACCUCCAUGAUCGUUCCAGUGUGGCUUUCUGUUCAGGAGAAUCCCUCGCACGAGAUAUUGACAUAUGCUCUCUUAGACACACAAAGUGACACUACCUUUGUGCUAGACGAAACGGCUGCUGCCUUGCAUGUGAAUAGACAACCAACGCGUCUCAGCUUGUCUACCAUGACCUCACAGCACACUAUCAUUAACAGUUUCCGUAUACAGAACCUGAGAACACACCUGAAGGAGCUUAGCAACGAACUACCACCUCUUCAGUUAUGCGAAGUUGGACUCUUGAUUGGAUACAAUUGUCCUCAAGCUCUUGUACCAAAAAGAAUUCUAACAGGAAACGAGAACCAGCCAUAUGGCAUCCAGACACUGCUAGGUUGGAGCGUGGUUGGAUACACAGAUCACACAGACAGGGACGUUUCUGUUGUUUGUCACAGAACUUCAGUGAAGGAGCUGCAUAGCUGUACACCCAGGGAUGUCAUAAAAACUUUGGAGAAAGACUUUGCUCAUGACAAGAAUGAAGAUAUAAAGAUAUCUCAAGAUGACAUCGCCUUCCUUAACUUCAUGAAAGAAAACAUACAGCAGCAUGAGGAUAAGCAUUUGGAAAUGCCUCUGCCAUUCAAGGAGCAACCCUCCCUGCCCAACAACAAGUCACUUGCAUUGAUCCGCUUAAAUCAUCUGAAACGAAAACUUAAAAGAGACCAGACAUAUCAAGAACAUUACAAGACUUUCAUGAGAGAA